AGAAGCCAUCUUGCUUUUCUUUAUCACGAAGGACUCGGUGACUCCAUCAUGAGUUCUUUGAAGCUACAGAAGAGGCUAGCAGCCUCGGUUAUGCGAUGCGGCAAAAAGAAGGUUUGGUUGGAUCCGAAUGAAAUCAAUGAAAUUGCCAACACCAACUCCCGUCAGAACAUCCGCAAACUCAUCAAGGAUGGUCUCAUUAUUAAGAAGCCCGUAGCAGUCCACUCCAGGGCUCGCGUUCGUAAAAAUACUGAAGCCAGACGCAAAGGUCGUCAUUGCGGUUUUGGUAAAAGGAAGGGUACAGCCAAUGCGCGUAUGCCACAAAAAGAUUUAUGGAUUCAACGUAUGAGAGUGCUUCGUCGGUUGUUGAAGAAGUAUCGUGAGGCGAAGAAAAUCGAUCGCCACCUUUACCAUUCCCUGUACAUGAAAGCCAAGGGUAACGUGUUCAAGAACAAGCGAGUUCUCAUGGAAUUCAUCCACAAGAAGAAGGCUGAGAAGGCUAGGACUAAGAUGUUGUCCGAUCAAGCAGAAGCUCGUCGUACCAAGGUACGUGAAGCUCGUAAGCGUAGAGCAGAACGUAUUGCCACCAAAAAGCAGGAGCUUCUGCAAUCCUACCAGCGUGAAGAUGAAGCUGCUGCAGCGCAGAAGAAGUAACUUAGAUCAUCCGACAAUUUUAUUGUAUAAAUAAACAGAAAAAUAUACAA